CUCGCCUGAGGAGUGACCGGCGCCGCCGGACGGAGGGUCGGACGGAGGAAGGAAGGACGAGCCUCGUCCGUCUUCGCGGGCCAUGAGCGCCGCCGCCCUGGUUUCUCCCGCGCUGCCCCCGGGGCCUCCGCUGCCACCGCCGCCUUCCACGCUGGCCCCGGGAGCCGGAGCAGCCGCCGCCGCCGCCGCCGAGAGCUAUGAGGAGGAGGAGCUGGAGAGCCCCGCCGAGGAGGAGGACGGCGAGCGCAGCGGACGCGCUCGGGAUUCAGAUGAGGGAUGUACCAGGAUAAAUUAGCAUCACUAAAAAGGCAGCUGCAGCAGCUACAGGAAGGUAAGAUUCCAUGGAAGUGAAGCCAAUCAUGACUAGGAAGCUGCGGAGGAGGCCCAACGACCCGGUGCCCAUUCCCGACAAAAGGAGGAAACCAGCUCCAG